GGGACAAGCAUCAGUUACUUUUGGAACUAACAACAACACAGACCACAAUGUUCAAGCUGGUGGUGUUGUCUGCUGCGCUCGCUGUAGCGUCCGCUAGCCCCAGCGGUCUCCUGGGACUGGGAGGCCUGAUCUCCCCAUGGAACGCCGCCAUCGCCGCACCGCUGGCUGCUCCGAUAGCUUCGCCGCUAGCGCUGUCUCUCGCUGCGCCCCUCGCCGCUGCGCCCCUCGCAGCUCUGGCGCCCAUCGGCGCACCCAACUACAGAGGCCCGCUGUCUCUGGCUCCCGGCCAGCCCGCCAACAUCUUGGGCGCUGACGGCAGGCCCCUGGACACCCUCAGCGUAAACCUGGACCGUGCGGCUCACCUCACCGCGAAGGCUAUUGAAGGCAGCGGUCACUUGCUCAAGAAGAGGUCCAUCGGAGCUCCCUUGGCGUUGGCUGCUCCAUUAGCCGCCGGUCCGCUGGUCGCCUCAUCGUUAGCCGCUUCUCCUCUGAUCGCUUCUCCGUUAGCCGCCUCUCCUUUGAUCGCGUCUCCGUUGGCCGCUGCCCGUUUGGCCGCUUCUCCUUUGGCCGCUGCUAACUUGGCUGCAGCUCAGUUGGCCGGUGCUGGUGUGAUUGCUGGUCCUGGUCUCGCUCUAUCUGCUCCUGGUCUCGCUCUAUCUGCCCCUGGACUAGCUCUAUCUGCCCCUGGACUUGCUCUGCCUGCUCCUGGACUUGCUCUUUCUGCUCCCCUCGGUAUCGCUUCACCUUUGGGUUUGGGUCAAGUGUUGCUGAAAUGAAAUCUAAGAAAUAUAUGAUAACCUAAUUAAAAUGACUUACCAAUA